GAUCAGUGCCUGGUAGCCAGUUCCAGCGCAGAGCAGAGAAUCUCGCUCGACCUCUCCUUCGACCGUCUCGCCUCUUCUGUAUCUGAAGCCUGUGUGCUUCCCCCCUCCGGGAACCCACUCUCUUUUAACACGACACUCUUUUUCUUACUGACUUGCUCCGGUGUAUUAGAAAAUGAGAGACGAACUUCCGAACAGGCGGCAGUUGCAUCGCCGAAAGGUCCCAGGACUAAAGCGUUUGCAGGCCAGAUUCAGUCCGACUGCUAUCUGGACAACUUUGUUGCCUACCGAAACUGCUGAACAGCCACAGCCGACCGUGCCUGCUGCUACGCCUUCACCUCCUGCCGCAGCUCCUCCGGUGACGUCCUCUCCUGCCGCCGCAACCCCGCCAGCUUCUGUUCCCGCGGCCACCCCAUCUCCUGCUACUCGAGUCACCGAUACUCCAUCCUUAAGAUCUUCUGCUCUGCCUGUUACUACACCUUUGACUUCGCCGGCCGUUGCGACGAGUAUUUCCAACAGUUCUAACUCUCCCACGACCCCAGUAAAUACGCCUACUGUGGUCAAAAGCACUCCGGCGGCCACUCCGAUUUCUUCACCCACGUCUUCCCGACCUUCUUCUGCGAAAUCUACGGUAUCUCGCACUGUGUCUAACGUCAAUGGCGCUGCAUCCGCUAGUGUGAGUGCUACCUCCGAACCCGAAACUGCCAGUAGCGGAAACACCGGAGCUGUGGUCGGCGGUGUCAUUGCUGGCCUCGUUGCUCUCGCUUUAAUCGUGUUUACUGUGACUUAUUUUGUGCGACGUGCACGCCGCAAGGGAGAAGAGGAUGCUGCUACCUUCAACGCCGACACAUUUCGCCGUCAAUCUGCAGUACUUCCUGAUGGAAAUUUACCUGCCCGCUCAAUGACCAUGAACCGUGGAUAUAACAAUGAUAUUCCUCCACCAUCCAUGUUCGAACAAAGGCCUGAUUACGCACCUGCGUCAUACCCUGCGAGUCCGAUUUCUGCUCAGACGUAUAACGGCGAGACGUAUGGAUACCAACAGCCUUCCUUCAAUCCAGGCCAAUUCGUGAACAUGGCGCAGUCGCCUCACACGCCACUCUCCGUGACGACGCCUCCUGCCCAUCCGUUCUUUUCGCCCAUUGGCCAAUCCCCAAUGAAUUCCCCCACGGUUGCACCUUACGAUUCUGCGUAUAACGCACAGGGAGAAAUUGUUCGUCAGAACUCUGUUGGUGCCUCAGCCUACCUUACCCGUCAGUCAACUAUGGGACAGAAUAACGGCGAGUUGUAUCCUCAUGAAGCGCACUAUGUCGACUUGAACCGGUCCAGCGUCACGCCAUUCCAGGCACAGCAAUACGAGGAGAUUUCUCGCAGAUUGAAUACGACGCCACCUAUGCCUGUUGUUACGCCCGUUGUUGCGUCGGCCGUUGGGAAUGAAUAUGCUGAAGGCGGAGGAAACACUGCCCCUCAACCCAACACUCGUCCCCUUGACCUCGGACAGAACAUCACGACGGAUUCUCCACACUUAGCUGUGUAUCAUGAGAACGCCAUUCCCGAGUCGCCGUUCGCAGAUCCUCACGUGCAACAGAAGUCUCCCGAGCCUGCGUUCCCGGCGCCCGUAUACACUCACGGUGACGAUGACGUGCGAGCUAUCAGAGAGUCUUUCCCUGUCCCGCCUUCGCCUGCUUUCUCGUCGAAGUCGCGCAUCCCCUCUACGCCACCCAUCUUGCCAGAGAUUCAACUCCAGCAACGUUCAUUCUCUCCGAUUUCCCACGAGUUUCCUAUGGCUCUUUCUUCCGGUCGCCCAUCGCCCUCGCCGCUGGCUCCGUCGUUCAACAUGCCCAUUCCUCCUGUAGAGGCUCACUUCCCUAGCGGAUCUACAGCCGUUGAGCCAACCAAAGCGAAUGUCGAGAUUUCCAAGGAGGCCGCAGUCGUUCCUCAGGCUCGUCCUGCCAAGGAGGAUCUAUCCAAACGUCCGGAUACUGUAUACACGUUGUAUGAUGACGAUGAUGCCUAUGCUGGUAUCUAGUCAUUACAACGGCAUUGAGAGAAAUACUAGAAACCCAAAUUUCAAGACAAGUUUCUCUGUAACAAGAUUUUUUUCUCUGGUUUUUGCUUGGUUUAUCCGUUCGUGUUGAUUAUUGGGCCUUUUCUUAGAAUUUCUUGGUCGUUGACGAGACGCUCAUGCUAGAUGCGAUGACGCGCGUGACGAAUUGUUCAUGGUGUAUGGGCUCAGAACUGGUUUCUCUGGGUGAACCCGUGCCGUUUCGAUGUUUACUGAGGUUAUUGUUUCCAGUUUGCCCCUUGCCACCUACAUAUUUUGUCUACUGGCGGAAUUUCUCGGGGGUGUGACUCUCUUUGCAGUUGUGGUUCUUAUUGAUUCUGCAUCCUUCCAACGGUGGCUCCACCGCCUGCGGUACUUCAGAGCUCUUCUAGACAGUGCCCUUAGAUUCUUCUGCCAUCAUGCUUAGCCUGGGUAUACCCCGCUACUUAGAACUUCUUAUUUCUCACUUCCUAGCUAGGCUAAUGUUUCGAAUAUUGUUUUCACAACUAUUCUCUGAUGUCGUAGCUUCGACAUCCGAAUAUCACCUACCUCGUUUUGUGCAUAGUUGCUGUCGUGAUCAGAAACUCACUUGUGCUUAGGCAAGGCGUUUCGCAAAUAAUCUGACUGCCGAUAAAAAAUAGUUACUAGCCCAUGGAUAACAAGGCUCAAACUUAAAUGUC